UGAUUGGUCAGAGGACUGGAUAUUUAUAGAAGACCGAUCCCGAUGACAAUGCGCGAUACCGGAGAUGCAGGGGCCUACACAUUAACAAAGUAAUUUGUCCAAAGUAUUUUUGUGUGAUUUUUUAUUAGAGACCUCUGUUUAGUAAGACAAUUAAGCAGAAUAUUGUAAAUGACAAAGAAUCAUUUUGAAAUUAUUUUCUCAUUUAUAGAAAAAAAAAUAUUGCACUCAUUUGAAUCAGAGACAUAAAUAAUUUAUAGGUUAUUUCAGAGAAUGUGACUCUGGUUAUUUAUGUCUCUAUUUGAAUGAUAUGAUAAAUAUUAAUAAGUAGUACUCAAUAUCUAAGAUAUCGCCUAAAAGAUCCUGACUGGGACACGUCAGAUCAGGGUUCCAUGCGUGUCAGGGUUUCAAGUUUUCUGAAGAACUCACGAACAUCCAGUCUUGAGACAGGAGUUUUAACUGUUUAAUAAUUUACUUAAAUAGGAACAUGAGAACGAGGCGAUAUCUUAAAUUAAUGUUAAGUGUAAGAUGAUCAUGUCUAUUUCAGAUCAAAUAAUGCACAGACUUGUAGAACGCCCGUGAGGUCGUGGUGGUGGUGGUGGGGAGGGGGGGGGGCACUCAUACUUUUAGGUAAAAAAUGAACUUUAUACAGCAAGUUUAUAAAACAAUUAAGUCUUUUGUUAACGUGCAUUCUCUUCACUCUUGUCUGCUUACCAUACUGACUUUAAUUAAAACUAAUUAGUGUACCUUUCUCAGAAUUAAAGAUGCUUACAAACGCUUUAUGCCUAUACGCUUCUCAAUUUAAGAACUGAUGUUUCGGACCUGUAGUGCUUUCAGUUUGUCUCGCCGUAACCAUGUUUUGACUGGUGAAUGUGAAGGAGGAAGAAAUGAAGACGCGCCAUUGGUUCAUAUAUUUGUCCAAGUGUUCUGGUUGGCGCACUAUGACGGGGAAAUAUUCCCACUUACCCUAUAAUGAUGUGCGUGAAGGCCCUACAUGCGGAAGACUUAACUAAUCAUUGGUCGAUUUAGCUCAGCAAUGGUGAGAGAAAAACAAUUAUAAUGAUCACCAAAACAUCAUAAUCAGCACCCUCUUAAUCAUUAUAUAAAGAGAUAUGAUCAAACAGAUUGAGUCAUUUAUAAUGCAUGUACUUGUAAUUCAAUAUACACGAUGAAAUGCCGUCUAUUUCUAUACUAGUAUUUGGUCGGAAAUAGUUUCAUCACUUGACAACUGUAUCAGAACCUUCGAACAAAAUAAAAAGGAUAUGCGGAACUAAAUUACAAAGCAGGAUUUCAUUGUAGUGGUACAAAGUCUGACAUUGUAAUAUAAUUUGCGCCGAGUUUUUGACUGUAAAUAUGGUGGAACUGUAGCAUUUCUGAAAUCGCCAAAAUGACAAUUGCCCGGAUUUCAUUCUUUGUUUUGAUGUUGGCACUGGGAAGUGUAACGACGAAACAAUGUGGGCCAUCUGUAAAACCACCCUAUGGGUGCAGGUGCAUGAAAUAUAGUAAACUUUAUGUUACGAUAAGAUGUAAAAAUCAGGGGGACAAGACACCAUUUAGUACAAUUCCCCACAUGCCAAAUAACACGGACCAAUUAAUCAUUGAAGGUUUCCGGUUUGCAAAUCUUACCAAAGACAUUUUCAAAAAUUUAACGAGUCUUUCUUCAUUGCAUAGACUAUCUUUACGGGAUAACAACAUUAUCAACAUUUCCCGUGAUGCUUUAUCCGAAUUGAAACAUUUACAAGGAUUAGAGAUCAGCUAUGAAAUCCAAGUGAGUAGGAGAGAAAUAUCAGAGAUGCUUUCUAAUAUCUCGGGUAAUCUCAGUUCCUUGAAAUUCUCCCACAAUGCCUGGGACGAACCGCCCAAAUUCUUCGGACUUAGGGAUGCACCUAUUCAGGAAUUGACCCUAUCUAACAAUUACUUCCGAUUCUUGGAUGGUCACUGGAUUACCGAUUUGACGAAACUCAAAAAGUUAGACGUAUCAUUCAAUGGAAUAACAGACAUUCGUAAUUUAUCUGGACUUGAAAAUAUCACCAACUUGUUUUUGAAAGGAAAUUGGUUCAAAGAAUUUCCAAAGUUUUGUAACUUUACCCUUCAAAAAUUAACCAGCCUCCACUUUCAAUAUAACAAACUAACCGAAUUUGAACCUACCUAUUUUCAAUGUCUUCCAAAUUUGCAAGCCUUGAAUUUAAAUGGGCAUGCAAUAAGAAAGUUGUAUAACAAUACAUUUUCCAACCUGACGUCAUUGAGUCAACUUAGGAUACAGCGGUUGGCUGGACAACUUUUCCACAUUGAACCAGAGGCGUUUAAAAGCAACUCCCUCAAAAAGCUAAUUUUCACAAACAAUGGAUUUUUCUUUCGGAAUUCGUCUAAAGAACCCUCCUUCGAAAUUUUCAAAUACUGCCCAAACUUGACAGAUUUGAACAUUUCAUCAAACAAUCUUGAUUUAAAGGAAAACGAGUUCAUAACGAUGAUCAAACCGCUAAAUAAGCUUCAAAACCUUGGAAUCAGAACCACUGGUUUGGCCUACCUUCCUAGAAAUUUGACACGUCAUUUGCCGAUGUUAACAAAACUCGACGCUUCGGACAACUAUUUAAACGGAUCAUGGGACGGGAAUUCUGUAUUUGGAAACAUCCCAUCUUUGCAAUAUCUGGAUUUGUCGGACAACAACAUCGAAAGAAUCACUGAACAUAAUUUUCCACUAACUCUAUUGAAUGGAAUAAAAGACAACGGGUUAGAUCUUAGCUAUAAUAAAUUCUCUUGCAAUUGCGAUGACGCGCUAUGGUUUUACAAUUGGAUGCAUGCCAAUAAGAAAAAGUUAGCGCAUAUUGGAAAUAUAACAUGUCGACCAAAUCUUCCUCUUCAUACGAGCACGAGAAAUUUGUUCUAUCUUACCAUAAAAGAACUGUGUCCAAUGAAUCCUGCUGUGUUCAUUGCUAUCGUAAGUUCAGGUACCGCCUUACUGGUGAUUUUUAUCACGUUGGGAACGUUAUACAAGCUUCGCUGGCAUAUACGUCACUGGCUUUACGUCAUAAAAUAUAAAAACAAGGGGUACGAAAUCAUACCGGACGACCCCGAUUUUAAAUAUGAUGUAUUUUUAGUUUAUGCCGAUGAGGAUACUAAGUUUAUUUUUGACAUUGUUGUGCCAUAUUUGGAAGGAAAAGGCUACAGUUUGUGUGUGAGAUGUCGGGACUUUGAGAUAGGAAAGUUGUAUUGUGACAACAUAGUUGACAACAUGAAUCUCAGCAGACGUAUUCUAUUGAUUCUGUCUAACAAUUUUGCCAAAAGCAAAUGGUGUGAAUUUCAAAUGAAUUUUGCAUAUAACAGGUGCUUGGAUGAAAAAAUAAACAACAUAAUUGUGGCAGUUUGGGAAGAAAUAAGCUACAAGUAUUUAUCGAACACUCUCAAAGUCUUGCUGACGUCAUACGACUAUGCUCUUUGGUCGAAGUCCGAUGCGACUGGACGAAGUUUGUUUUGGGGGAAAAUUUUGCGGAAAUUACAAUUUCAAUCUGACGACACCGAGUGCGCUAAUGGUCUGCUCGGUGUUCUCCAAUAGGAACAUAGAACAAAACCUAUUUACAAGUGCUUUCAAAUGUCUGCGUAAUUCUCUGUCCUAAAACAUCUGUGGUUACAAACUGUAUGUUGUACCUAUUCGUAUCUCAUGCCCACACCCAUCAUUUAAUUUCCAGAGAGAGCGAACAAGAUGUGAUUUUUAAAAAUGGCAAAAUCUGUCAUUAUUUUUCUAGCGCACAUGUAACAUAGUCAUGCCUAACUAUUUUUUAAAAAUAAAUCCUACCAAAUAUAAGAAGGGGGAGGAGUGCUCGGGUCGGAUACCUCUAUGUAUUUUUCUUAAUGUUGUUUAUUUCGACAUUUGAUUACAUUAUCCAUCAGAAGUGUGUAACUUUUUUUUCAAGAAAUAUUAUGGCACCGGCUUUUAAAGACACAUAAAUAGUAUAGACUUUUAGGUACUUCUUUAUUUACAUCCGCGGGUCGUAAAACAAUUGGGUAAAAAGUUGUUGUUGUUGUGUUGUCUGUACGUUUUGGAUAGAAAUCAUAGAUCUAAAUAAUGGACAUAUCUACUAUGUUUCUUGUAACAAAUCAUAUGACUUGUGAUUAUUUUUACUCUAUACGUGGAAGGUUGUGAUUUUGCAAAGACUAAAGAAUCGUAAAGUGUAUAAUUAUAUAAAUAGUACCGCUAUAUAGAAAAUAGCUGCAGUAAUUUCCUAUACCUGUAAGUAAACGAUUUGUUAAUACAUGUACUUCAAUUAUGCUAAAAAAAACCAGUGCAAACAUUUUCUUGCAUAAAAAUAUCGCAAGCUUUCAAGCUAUCUUGUUUGUGUGAUUUUUUUGGUUGAAUGGAGUGGUUGUUUGUUUUCGUU